AUGUACCAAAUCCUCGUAGCAUACACCACGCAAAACCCAAUCGAUUACUACGACGCCAUCAUGCCCCUCCAUAGCUUUCUCUACACCCGCAUCAUAAUCUUUCUCUUCGGUACAAUGGGCCCCAGCUUGUCCUUCUCUAAGAAUGUUAAUUCACCUUUCGUCUACGCUGAGGCUGUCUUCGGGGGUGCAUUGAUUGCUAUCGGACAUUGUACGAAGCUGAGCGCUAUAGUUGCGUAUUUGUUGCUCGUGCAUGCUGUGGGGAAGGUUAGUACGUUUGCUGGGUGGAGGGCUUGGGUGGAGAGAACGAAGAAACCACCCGAGGAUCCCGGGUUGCUGGUUAGGGUUUUGAGGUUUGUGGGGUUUUUUGAAGAUCGUGAGGACUGGGCGGAUGAGACGGUGGUCUCUCCUGGUGAGACUCCGCAGAUUGGGAAUCUGCCGAUGGAUAAGUUGGGGCAUCAGUAUGCGAGGUUAGGGUUUGAGGGAUGAGUUUGGUAAGAGAGAAUAGGUGGCGGGAUUGUUAAGGUAUAGAGUCUAUUGGACACUAUUAGAUGUCGUUGAUGCUGCU